CCCUAGUACUGUGUUUCCUGGGCUUGGCUUGCCUUUCAGACUGGAAGAGAAACCCAGAAAACCAGGUUGCUGUCUUGAUUUCCGUUUCUGUUGAUGCUUGAAGAUACUUUUUUUUUUUUUUUUUAACGAAGCCGAGUAAAUACUAGGAACCGUGGUAGUCAUACCUGAGAACGUGACCCAGUGUUUGUCCUCUAAGGUAGCAGAUUUCCCUCUUGUUCCCAGGAGCAGGAGGCUCACUGAAGGAAUCUGCUGGAAAAGCAACUUAUUUCAGACUAUCCUUCAUUUUGUGUGCUAACAUCAGUGGGUUUUAGUUCUUUGACUCCUGGGACAACAAAAACCUGGAGGUGUGGCGUCUCUCCUAGAAGCCUUACCGGCAGGGGAAGGGACUAACCCCAGGGUGAGAGGGGACAGUGGCUGCAUCCCAGGGAGGGCGGAGUUGCAGGUGGUGUCCUCCCUUUGCCGCACAAAGCCCGUAAUGCUGCCUUCUCUGCUCCCUGGGGAUAUCCCUUCAGACCCAGCUCAGGGCGGCAUUUCCGGCUCCCGCGGACAGGUCCCCCAACUCCAGGUCGCCAACACCCCGCUUUCAUUUAGGGAGAUCCAGGAUGAGGAGCUGCAGAAGUUCUGUUCCCGGGUCGCGAAGCUGCUGCAGAAGGACGAGCCGGGGCCUGACGCGGUGGACGCCCUACAGAGGCUGUUCCUCAUCGUCUCGGCCACGAAAUACAAGAGGCGGCUGGAGAAGACGUGCGUGGACCUGCUGCAGACCACCCUCUGCUCGCCCAAGUGCCCUGAGCAGCUCCAGCUUCUGUGCGCGGCCAUCCUGAGAGAGAGGUCGCCCUCCGACGACCUGAGCCUGUCCUGUGACCGUGUCCAGAGCAGCCAGCAGCUGAGCCUGGUGGCCUCGGUGCUCUUGGCCCAGGGUGACAGAAAGGAGGAGGUCCGAAGCGUGGGCCAGCGCGCCUUCAGAGUCCUCGAGAGCCGGCAGCCUGAGGGGCCCAGUCUGAGGCACCUGCUCCCAGUCGUGUCCAAGGUCACGCGCCUGGCCCCGCACUCCCUCCAUGAAGACCAGACCAGCCUGCUCAGCAAGAGGUUGGUGGACUGGCUUCGCUAUGCCAGCAUCCAGCAAGGGGUCCCACAUGCUUCUGGAGGCUUCUUCUCCACACCCAGAGCCCGGCAGCCGGGCCCUGUCACCGAGGUGGAUGGAGCAGUAGCCACAGAUUUCUUCACGGUGCUGUCCACGGGCCAGCACUUCACGGAGGACCAGUGGCUGAACGUGCAGGCUUUCUCCAUGCUGCGGGCGUGGCUGCUGGCCAGCAGCCCCCAGGGCCCCAGCGCCCCGGACUCAGAUGACAGGUCGGAGCUGGAGGGCUCCACCCUGUCCGUGCUAUCGGCCACGUCCACCGCCAGCCACCUGCUGCCGCCCCAGGAGCGGCUGAGGGAGAAGGCCUUCGAGUACUGCCAGCGCCUAGCGGAGCAGAGCACGCGGCGAGCCCUGAGAAAGGGGGACGCGGACCUGCAGAAAGCUUGCCUGGUGGAGGCCGUGCUGGUGCUGGACGUGCUCUGCCGGCAGGACCCGUCCUUCCUGUACCGCACGCUGUCCUGCCUGAAGGCGCUGCACACACGGCUGUGCGGGGACCCGGCGCGGGCGCGGGCGCUGCUGCCCAUUGCGCAGUUCUUCCUGAGACACGGGGAGGCCGCCGCCGUGGACUCAGAAGCCAUCCUCCAGCACCUGUUCACCAGGAUCCCCUGCGAGCUCUUCCACAGCCCCACGCUGGCCUUCGAGUUCGUCCGCUUCUGCGGGGACAGCCUGCCCCUGUUCGGCAGGAACCUUGACAUUCUCAAGCAGAGCUUCCCCAACCUCUUCAAGCUCCUGGCCUGGAACAGCCCGCCCCUCACCUCCGAGUUCGUGGAGCUCCUGCCGUGGCUGGUGGACCCUGGCACAGCUGUGGAGAUGCUCCACGCGCUGCUGGACCUGCCUUGUCUGACCGCGGCCUUGGAUCUGCAGCUCAGGCUGUCACCGGCUGCGUCAGAGAGGCCGCUGUGGGACGCCUCCCUCAGGAACCCCAGCUGCCUGGAGGCUUCCCGGGACCCACAGUUCCAGGCUCUUCUCCAGCACCUGCUGCGGGCCAAGGCUAGCGGAACCGUGGAGAAGUUGGCGCCCCUCCACCAGCUGCUGCAGCCCAUGGCCAGCUGCGCCCGGGUGGUCCAGUGCGCCGAGGCCGUGCCCACGCUGCUCCAGGCCUUCUUUUCCGCAGUGACUCAGUUUGCUGACGGGGUUCUGGCCAACCAGCUGGCACUGCUGCUCCUGGAGAGAUGUGACUCCCUUUACCAGGUGCCCCAGUACGAGGCCCGUGUGCACAGGGUGCUGAGCUCCCAGUUCCUGGCUCUCUGCGCGCUGCACCCGUCACUGGUGGUCGAGCUGGCGAAAGAGCUACUGGAGUUCGUGGGGAGCGUGAGCAGUGUCCGCAGCCGGGGGGCCAUGCUCGCCUCCGUGGCCUGGGCCAUCGGCGAGUACCUGUCUGUGUCCUGGGACCGGCGGUGCACCGUGGAGCAGAUCAACAGGUUCUUUGAGGCCCUCGAGGCCCUGCUGUUCGAGCUCACCCAGUCGCGCCCUUCUGCCGCCCUCCCCGAGUGCCCCCCACAGGUCAUCGCCGUGCUGGUGACCACGCUGACCAAGCUGGCCUCCCGGAGCCAAGACCUGAUUCCCAGGGUCUCUCUGUUCCUGUCAAAGAUGAGGACCCUGGCCCAGAGCCCGGCGCCGAGCUCCAUGCACCGUGAGGAGGGCGCGGCAGCCGUCCGCGCGCGGGCUGCUGAGCUCCUGACGCUGCUGAAGAUGCCCAGUGUGGCCCAGUUUGCGUUCACGCCCAGCGCAGAACUGUCCAAGCCCCGCUACCACCGUGACGCCAACACCGCCCUGCCGCUGGCCCUGCGCACGGUCAGCCGCCUGGUGGAGAAGGAAAUGGGCCUCCUGCCGGGGUGAGGGGCGCCACCCGCGGGACGCCGGCCCAGCCGCAGAAUGAGAGGCAAGCUGCGGCUGCCACCAGCGGGGCGUGAGACCCGGGGAGGAGCCUCAGGUGGGUCUGGGGCUCUCUGUGCAGGUCAGGCUGUCCCGCCCUCAGCCUUUGGGUGUUUGUUUCUGUCCCAUGCUGAGCUGUGUGGUGACACAGAUCUGAUUUGGAGUUCUCACCCCGUUGGGGGUGGGUGGGGGCUGCUUGGUCUGUUUCUGGCAGCUCCUUGUUGGGAGGCAAAAGGAGGUGCAGCGGCAAUAAACCUCUUCCAGAAUGUCCCUGUGUGCACGAGGCAGGGGAGAGGGCCAGGUGUGGGGAGCGCUGCUGGGCUGGGAGGCCUGGCCCUGGGCAGGUGGGGACCCCCGCCCUGUUGGGCCAGACACUCGGGGCCGUUCCUUCCCACCAACUCCCCACCGUGUCCCAGAUGUUACAGAAAUAACAGCAUGGAUGUAGGCAAUCAGCAAGGGAGCCGCGUGACUCUCCCACUGGCGCAGCCACCUCUGGGAAGGGCCUCCGCUCAGUGUCCUUUCUUAGCCCGCCUUCUGAUGCUACUGAAUGAUGGCAGAGGUAGAAGCUGCGGCUCUUCUGGCCUGCAGUCUCUUGCCAUCUGGAGGAAGGGCAGGGCCAACACCCCCCCACCCCCCGCAAGCCAGGAUCGCGCUGGUAUUAUGCCGAGUGGGGGAGACUAGCCGAGUGUGGGAGCGCAAGAGAGGUGUCCUGGUUCCUCCCGCGACCCCUUAGUGCCUCCUGCCCCAGUUCCACUGAGGUCAGCUUCCUGCCUUGGACACUAGCUCCCAGGGCUGCCCCUCACCUCCGCGGGCUGCGCGCAGGCAUCCGGGACACCAGGUGGCGCUGGUGCUCCGCGAGUCUCAGCCGGUCUCGCCUCGCCGGUCUCGCCCCGCCCGCCGCCCCUGGCCCCGCCCCCGGACGCCGGACCGUGCGGACGCCAGAACCGCGCUGCAGCUGCGGCGGGCGGACGCGGUUCGCAGACCGGACCGAACCGGGCUCCGGCCGGCAGAGUGUCCGCCUCGGCUCCGCCUGGCGUCCCGGGCCCCCGAGGACCUCCGGCAGACGACAGGUCUCUCUUCCUCUCCAAGAAGACGACUCUGGCCCCGAGCCCAGCCCUGAGCUCCCUGCUACGGCCACUGCUGCCGAGCCUGCUGAACACGCCUGGCGCAGGUGUCCAAGCCGUGCUGUCGCCGCGACCCCCACCACAGCCAGCCACCUGGUGGACCAGGGAACAUGGGAACAGCACGGCAGGAGGUGGCCGUCGCUCUAGGAGGGCGGCGUGCGGAAGCGGAUCUUCUUGGCUGUUUCCACGUCGGACUUGGCGACCAAAAACCGCAUCUUCUUGCCCCCAUUUCGGAUCAGGUCCACGGCUCUGAAACCCAGCGCAGGGGGAGGAGGAGGGAGCCAGGCUCGCGUUGUGGGGACUCCCCGCAGGCCCAGCCUUGGGACAGGUGAGGCAGGCAGGGCUUUGGGGGAACCUGGGAUAGGGACCCGCUCUGUCACCCUGCUGUGACACACCCCCUCGAAGGGCCCCCUGGCGGGGCAGCUGUGUGCUCAGAGGUUGAAGGAGCCGGCUGAGCGCUACACCUCUGCACAGGGUCGGGAUGGGACCUGCUCAUGGGCCAGGGGCUCCCCUGGUGGCUGCAGCACGAGGGCGGGGGGUACCUCAGGUAGCUGACACCCGUCAGGCUGCUGCCGUUCACCUCCAGGAUGCGGUCUCCCAGGGACAGGCGGCCAUCCGAAGCCGCGGGACUGCCCGGGAGCAGGGUCUGGAUGUAGAGCCCGGGGGCACCCAGCGGCGUAUGCUGGGGGAGAAGUGGCGGCCUCAGGCUUCUGUGCGCCUGGGCCUGGCUCCCUCACGAGCUCUGCCACGGGGCUGCGAGGGCAGCACCAGACACUGUCACGUCCCCUGCAGGCCCUUCCCUCCUCUGAUGCCUGCGAGCCACCCGCUGCACUCCUAGCCCUGGUCCCAGCCUUCCCCACGAGCUGGGGGCCGGGAAAGAGAGGGCCCGGCCCAGUGGAGCCCAGAGGGCCACUCACCAGCCCGUCGAUCAGGCCCAUCCCCAGCCCGGAGGGGCCCCGCUCCAGCUCCACAACGAAGACAUAGCAGAAAUCCUCCGUGCUGGAGCUGCGGCUGGAAGGGGCCGGAGGGGGCUCGUCCGCGGGACCCAAGCUGUCCCCUGGGUGGGCAAGGAGCAGGGGGGCUCUGUCUGCACUGCUGUGGCGGCCUGUCCCCAGGAAGGGUGCUCACUGUGUUCUAGCAAGUCCCCAACUACGGUCAAGGUAAGGGGUCCAGGCCACACCCCCGUGCGUUUGGAAGUGGCACCUCCACCACCACCCCCCUGGUCUUUCCAGGGGCCAAACAGGGGCCUCUGCUCAGGCUCCUUGUGAGACCCUGCUUCUUCCCUCUGCACCUCUAAGUGCUGACUCCACCUCUGUCCACCCCGCCGUGUGACCCGCCCCCCCAGCCCAGCACCAGGGCCCCGAGCGAGCCUGCCCCCCUUUUGAGCGGGAGCCCCAGAAAGACCUGUGGUUGCAGCCCCAGCACUCAGAUCUCCAGGAGCUCGGCUGGCGCUGCCAUGGCCCAGAGACCCCCAUCCCUCUGCCUCCCCACCUUCCCUUCUGUGCUGGUCUCCUGAGCCAUUCCUCCCUGCCUCCCUCUAUCCUCAGGGUAGCAACUUGGUCCCACAGAUGGCUCUGCACGGCCCAGCCGCCCUCUGGCAUCCUGGGCAGGCACUGCGAGCCCCAGGCGGACAUACCGCCAGGACCUCACGGCGGCAGGACUCCCAAGGGGCUCUGCCAGGUGGCCACAGGGCUGGGGUGCGAGCGUGAGCCCCGGGGGCACAUCUCACCUCCUGGAGCUGCGUUCCUCCUCCCUUCCAGGAGCACUUUCCCACAGGUGUGCCAGCCACCCCCACCCCAUACCAUCAGGACUGGGGACGCGGCCGUGGGGCAUCCGGGCAAAGGCAGCCUGCCCAGACCAGCGCUCCGCCGUCUGUGUCCAGUGACCCGCCAGGGCAAAGCUCGAGCUGCCGGCUGGAACCUCUGCCCACAGUGGGCCCCUAACACUUCCCCUCCGGGCACCCCCCCACCCACUGCCCCCAUCCACUGUGACCUGCAUGUGGCCCUGGAACCCAGAUGGUGGGGGGCAUGUCUGCCCUAAAACACACCCACCUCAUGGGGGCCUCCGGCAGAGCACCCCCAUGUCACAGGCCUCCAAAGUGAGGAGCCCACAGUCCUGCUCAGAGCAGUGGCUCUGUCCAGGCUGAGCCCCUGGGGGACAGGGACACAGUUUCCAACUAUAGUUUCUACGUCCUUGUAAUUUGUGUGUCAUAGUGUAUUAUGCAGCAGAGAGAUGUGGGCCAUGUGUGCGCACGCGCGUGGCAAGCACACUGUCUCCACGCGCAGACCCUGCUCUCCUCUUGGUCGGCUAUGCCCCAAGCAAGACCGCAGCCUCAGGCUCCUCAAUGGGUAGGACCCAGCCUGACCCAGAGCUUGGAUCUGGGUCAUGGCCUGUGGGCUCUGACUACCCCCACCCCACUCUGUGAGGGUCUCCAGGUCCCCAGGUGGGAGACAGGGCAGGGUGUUUCCAGGGGAAGAUGGCCCAGGAUGAAGGUCCCCAAGGCUCUGCAGGCUCCUGUAGGAAGUCACCCAGGGAGCUCCUUUUGCCCCAACACGGCGCACAGGGCCUCCAGUUCGUGGCCCAGAGGCAGCUCACCUGACUUGAAGGCUUCGGGGCUGUCCUGGGCGCCUGGCUCCCAGGCACUCAUGGGGCCCACGGCCGAGGCCAGCUGGUACUGGGUCAGCAGCCGGUGCAGCUGCGCGGGGCUCAGGGUGGGGAAGGCGGCCCGCAGGUUUGCCCAGCUCAUCUAUGCAACAAGCAGCAGCUCGUGAUCAAAGGCUCCCGGGUAGCACAGCCACACCCCCAGGGUGUCCUAGUCACACUGAGGGCCGGGGCAGAGGGCCUGGGCUGCCUGGCCCCAUGCUCCCAGCUCACUCACGCGGGCCUUGGUGCCCCUGGUGGCCGGUGAGGUCACUGAGGGGCCCUGGAGGCAGCCAGCAGGCACCCCACCCAGGGCUCUGUGUACUGACUAUGCCCACCACGUCACCCACCCCCAGGGCUGAGAAGGGAGGGAAAGAGUCGCAGGGAUUUGAAAAGCAGGAUUCUGCUUGACAGCACAUCAGAGACCUGACCCACCAGGCUGAAAGGAAAGCAUAAACACAAAGCCUCCUACCACCUGGGACCCCCAAGAUUGGCUCUGUGGGCACAGCAGAGAGAGGCUCCCUCAAGUGGGACCAGCAGUCCAAGCAGUGCAGAAGAAGGUGAACUUGUGCAUGAAAUCCAACAGCCUGUACCAUCCCCUGCAACCCUGGUCUCCACUGGCCAGGGACGCUCCUCCUCUCUGGUUUUCUGGGUCCGUCUCUCCUCUGCGGGUGAAUCCACUUCUCUGUGAUGCCGUCAUUCAGGACUUGCCGUUGGAGGCGCUGGCCCAACUCGUGCCCUCUGGGGCCCCCAGCCUCUGACUUGGCUCUUGAAAUUCAGAAAGCACCCUGAUGGCUUAUCUCCAGGAUGUGUCCUGUCUUAUUCUUCCAGAAAGUUCACAGGCUUCUCAUGGCCGUGUCCUGACAGUGCGGCGCUCAGCCCCCUGCAAGUCUGCUCCCCCUUCAAGCUCUUGGCUCCUGGCAGCGUGCUCUGGAACCUCAGGGAAAGUUGGGGGAGGGGUGUAUUGGUCCCCCCCAUGCCGCAGCAGCCACCUCCCCUGCUCUUUCCUGACUCAGUGUUUGGAGCCUGGGCCUCGCCGGCAGGUCCUCCUCUCUCCCCUCCCUUUGCUCCUCUGCUUCUGUCUCUUCUGGGUUUACUGCCAAGAGGCUGGGGCUGUGGGUAGCCAGUGCCUUCGCUGGAGGGACAACCGUGUCCUGAGGCUACCUUGUUGGGGUGCAGGGCAGCCUCUGGGAGCUGCCCCCUUGCCGCCCAGCUCAGGAUGGCCUCUGCUGGCCCGAGUCAGUGCCUUUGGGUUUGCUCAGUUCCUAGAAUCCCGGCUUCCCUCCCGUGGCAUCCAGGGCUGGUGUCAGCGCGGGCCCAGCACACUCCCGUGUCCUUACCUGAGUGCAGGGACACUUUCUGGGUGACUUCCUGGACUCUGUCUCCCAGUCUUGCCACUGAGUCCUUCCUCUCCGCUGUCAUGGUUUUAGUUUCCAAGAAUCCUUUAGGUUCUUUUAUAAAGUCCUGUUGUUAUUUUACCGACACUAAGUCGUCUCUUUAUGAAGAUGGUUUUCUAAGUUUCUUCUCCCUGAAGUCUGUUUCAGGGAAUGGUGAACUGUGGCCUGAAGCCUAUAUUUAUAGGGCCCUCAAGCUAAAAAUGGUUUUCAGAUUUUUAUAAAAGCAUUAAAACAACAACAAGGAACCUGGGAUGGCCAAAUUCUCCAUGGCCCACGAAGGCUGAAAUAUGGACCACGCAGCCCUUCACAGAGAAGUCCACCAACCCGAUCCGUGUCCCCCACCCCCGCUCCCCGCAUCCGUCUCUCGUGUUGGAACCCGCUCCCUCCCAUUCCCAGAGAGUCUGCCCGGCCGGCUCACGGUGGGACGCAGGUCUGCACCCCCCAGGCGGUCACCAACCACCCAGCACUGCCAGGCCAGCCUGUGCCACGGGGAGGGCACGGGCCCCCACCGAGCAGGCAGCUGUCGUGCCUGCAGUGCUCAGAAGCUCCCUGGCCCCCAGGAAGCCUCCUUGCCGUCUGCGCUCUAGAACUCAGCCCGGGCGCCUGGCCGUGCGGGAAGGGGCAGUAGGACCCGGCGCCGCUGCUUCGUCCUCUUCCUGUGCGUCUCACGUUGAUGAGGGUGGCUGGGUGCCGAGUGGGGCGCUGGUGGCCCGGUGACCUCUGUGCGUGCAUCUGUGACGUCUGGGCCGCAGCCCCUGUAGCAGGGCAGCCACAGCAAACUCGCCCAUUCCUGUGAGCAGUUUCAGGUGUUUUCUGCAGUUUGACAAAGACGCAGUCAUUACUGUCCGUCAACGUCCGUGCUGAAGCUGUCCCCUUCUCUGUUUCCACACUGGCUGUUGGUGACCUCCCACUUCUUCCGCUCUUCAGAGAGCCGCUCCUGGCCUGCUGCUCCUCUGCUCUCUCUUCACACUGCUGGGUUUGGCUGCUCCCGGGCCAGGACCUUCCCUCUCGGGCCGGUUCUCGACGCGUUCUCGGGCCUUUUCCGCAGCUGACGGUCACCCGCCUGCUAGCCUGGCGCGUCGCAUCUCCUCUGCGUUCUUUCUCCCUGGGGGCUCGUGCCACCGAGAAGCCAACCAGAUGCCCAGGUCCCAUCCGUGAUCUGCACCCACACGUCCUCUUUCUGAAUUUCCUCCGGUGAACCCAUGUGUUACUUCAAGAAUAAAACAAUCCCGGAACUCAA